UUGAAUUUUAGUUUUUGAAUAUCCCACCAAACUUCAAACUUCCAAAUUCUUAUUCUUAAAAUAUGUGUAAUAGUAUUCAAGUAGAGAUCAAUGGUGAACACAUUUUCUUUCUUGACAAGAGGAUUCUUGCUACUCAUUCGAAUCGAGUAAGAAAUUCAAUCAUUAAACACGACGGAAAAUUGGUAUUCAAUGAUUUCCCGGGUGGCGAAGAGAGUUUCAAGCUCAUUACAAGCUUUUGCUACAACAAUGGCACCAUUGACAUAACACCUUCAAACAUAUUCUUGCUCCAUACUAGUAGUACUUUCAUGGAAAUCACUACCUUGAUCAUUCAAACCGAGUUGUACCUCGAAAGCAUCCAUUGUAUUACAUGGACCGAAUUCGUAAAUGGUUUAAGACAAUGCCAAAUGUUAUUCCCUUUCAUCAAAAAUUCUCCUAAGUUCAAAUAUUUCUUGAACACCCUUUUAAGAAACUUGGCUCUUCCUAACCAUUUGUCUAGUUCUAGUUCAUGUCCUUCAUCCUCAAAUAGUUCUACUUUUCGGGUUUCUUCUAAUAGUAGUCCCGAAAGUUUAAGAUCAAAUAACCAAUUAGAUUAUUGGAAGUUAGAAGAUCUUUCUUUCUUAAACAUUGAUAUAUUUGAAGAACUAAUGAAGUCAAUGAUUUUUCUACAUUUUAACCACCCUAGAAUUUGUUCAUUCAUUUUCCAUUACCAAAAGCUAAAGUUUUCCUUAUGUUGUUCACAAGACCAAAAGUGCAAAAUUUCGGAAACUAACAUCAAUCUCUUGAGCUUGCUCAAUGGUAGCUCGUUUUCGUGUAGACCAUUACUAGAUGCCUUUGGAAUGUGCUUGUGUUUGAAUAUGAAAACACUUGAAAAGUCCAAGUUAGAGAAAUUGCUUGGAUCAAGAUUGGAUGAGUUUAAAAUCAAUGAUUUGAUCGUUCGUGGGAAGAAAAAGGUUGCAUUGGAUGUCGAUUUGAUUCUUCGAUUAGUUAAAAUCUUUCUAUUAGAAAGACGGAUCAACGGUUUCUUCAUGCAUCGAGUGAAGAAAGUAGGGCUCUUGAUAGACUUGUUCAUGUUAGAGGUGGCUCCUGAUCCGUUCUUGAAACAUUCUAAGUUUCUUGCAUUAGCCAUGGCCUUGCCGGAUUAUGCAAGAGAUUCACAUGAUAGAAUGUACCAUGCAAUCGAUUUAUACGUUAAGGUUCAUCGGGGCCUAAGUGAAGAACAAAAUAAGAAAAUGUGGAGUGUUCUUGAUAUCAACAAGCUACAUACGGCAACAACAGGAAGAAAUGUUGCUAAAAACACGAAACUUCUACCUUUUGUUAGGCAAAAUCAAUUUAAGAUAUUCAUCAAUUAUGACUAUGGUGCUGAGAGAUUUUCUCAUCGCAAAGAAAAGACAUUAGAAGAUGAAAAACGAGACGCUAAUAUCGCAAAAAAGACGCAAAAACAUAUGUCAAAGAAAUUAAGAUCAUUGGAUGAAUGUAGCGUUAGAUCCUUGCCUCGACUAUGUCAUUAGAAGAUGUUGAGUUCAUGUCCUACAACAAAUUAGUUAUUUUUAUACGCUUUAUUUUAUGCAAUUUUAAAAACCGGAUAAAUCGUUCAUGAAGAAAUGAUUUUUACAUUUAAAAGCGUGUACAAAUAUAAUAU